AGUUCUCUCUUUACACUGAGCACCCCAUAUCUACUAGUCUUCAAGAGAUACAGUUUGUCUUUUCUUGUAGCUGUUUGGUCAUACUGAUAUGUAAGUUUAGGUGUUUUAUAGAUUUAUUAGAAGCAAAGAUAUACCAGAGGUAGAUUGCCUUGUAUAGAGCACUGAUAAGACUACAGAGUAAAUAAAAUGCAUUCAGGUACAACUGGAGCCAUGGAGAAUUCCUCAUCAGACAAAGUGACCAUCAACAACCCAGCAGACAUCACCAUCAUUGUUGGAUAUUUCAUCAUGGUUAUUGGUGUUGGCAUCUGGUCCAUGUCUCAGGCCAAUCGAGGGACAGUUGGAGGAUAUUUCCUGGCAGGACGCACCAUGACGUGGUGGCCAGUCGGUGCAUCUCUGUUUGCCAGCAACAUUGGUAGCGGUCACUUUGUGGGCUUGGCUGGUACUGGGGCAGCUAGCGGCAUCGCUGUGGGAGGUUUUGAGUGGAAUGCACUGUUCAUCGUGCUGCUGCUGGGCUGGUUGUUUGUACCCGUCUACCUCACAGCUGGGGUGAUCACGAUGCCUCAGUACCUGAAGAAGAGGUUUGGAGGGACCAGGAUCAGCCUUUAUCUCUCUGUUAUCUCUCUGUUCCUCUACAUUUUCACCAAGAUCUCAGUGGAUAUGUUUUCAGGAGCUGUGUUUAUCCAGCAGGCAUUAGGCUGGAACAUCUACGUGGCCGUCAUCACCCUUCUGUUAAUAACAGCCUUGUACACCAUUACAGGUGGCCUGGCUGCUCUCAUGUACACUGACACAUUUCAGACCUUUGUCAUCAUUGCCGGGGCCUUUGUCCUCACGGGUUUCUCUUUUGCUGAAGUAGGAGGCUACAACGCUUUGCUGGCCAAAUACAGCUCUGCUACACCUACUCACGUCUCCUCUAUGGAUCCUGAGCACUACAACAUCUCAGCCCACUGCUACACCCCCCGACAGGACGCCUUCAGCCUGCUGAGGGACCCAACCACUGGGGACCUGCCCUGGCCAGGAGUGGUGUUUGGGAUUGCUAUAGUGGGAGGCUGGUACUGGUGUACAGACCAGGUGAUAGUCCAGCGGUGCCUUGCGGCUCGUAGUCUGACCCAUGUGAAGGCUGGUUGCAUCAUGUGUGGCUACCUGAAACUGCUGCCCAUGUUCCUCAUGGUGUUCCCCGGCAUGAUCAGCAGGGUCCUCUACCCAGAUGAGGUUGGCUGUGUUGUCCCUGAGGUAUGUGAGAGGGUGUGUGGGACCAAGGUGGGCUGCUCCAACAUUGCUUACCCUAAACUGGUGGUGUCAGUCAUGCCAAAUGGUUUGCGAGGUCUGAUGCUGGCUGUGAUGUUGGCUGCUCUCAUGUCCUCUUUGGCCUCCAUCUUUAACAGCAGCAGCACUCUGUUCACCAUGGACAUCUGGACUCGUAUCAGACCACUGGCCACUGAGCGUGAGCUCAUUAUUGUAGGCAGAGUUUGGAUUCUGUGCAUCGUAGCCAUCAGUAUCUGUUGGAUCCCGGUUGUCCAGGCAGCUCAGAGCGGUCAGCUGUUUGAUUACAUCCAGUCAGUCUCAAGCUAUCUGGCUCCGCCUAUCGCCUCAGUCUUCUUCCUAGCUGUGUUCGUUAAGAGAGUCAAUGAAAUGGGUGCAUUCUGGGGCCUGAUAGGAGGGCUGGUGAUGGGUCUUUGUCGGAUGUUUCCCGAGUUCUGGUUCGGUACCGGCAGCUGCAUUUUCCCCUCCAACUGUCCUUUCUUGGUGUGUGGGAUUCAUUACCUCCACUUUGCAAUCAUACUCUUCUUCUGUACAUCAGUGCUGGUACUGAUAGUCAGCUACUGCACCCAGCCUAUAGACGAUCAACACCUCCAUCGUCUGGUGUUCAGCCUGCGUCAUUCCAAAGAGGAGAGGAAGGAUUUGGACUUGGAGCAAGAGGAGAAAGAGAAAAGAGCCUGUAGCGAGGCUGAGGAGAGGAGGAGUGAGAAUAACAACAGUGAUGCAGUAACUGGAGAGGAAGAAAAGUCUGGUAUCUGGCGUCUAUUUGGUCGGUUCUGCAGCAGAGGAAGCCACCAGGUCCGCGAGCAAGACAAGCCUGAGGCAUCAGAGACGACGCCCAACAUCAGCGAGGACCCGGUGUGGAAGUACACUGUGGAUGCUAAUGCUGUCAUUAUGAUGGCUGUAGCAGUUUUUAUGUGGGGUUACUACGCUUAACAAUCUUCUCAAUUCUAGUUGAAAGUGAAUGCGAUUAGGGUUAAUCACUUUGUCAGUUCAAUCUUCAAAGAACUGAAAGACAGGUGUUCCCAUCUGUUAGUAAUUACUUGUCACUGCACUGGAAAUCGUAGAUAAACUUUAUACUGCUAUAAACGGAGGUUCAAAACAGGUAGUCAUGCGAUAUACUAAGAACAGUCUCAUUUCUCUGUAGAGUGCUAUAGGAUAGGUUGUGAUCCUUAACUGCAUUCCUGUUUUUUAGGAGCAUGUGUAAUGCAGUCUAAAAAUGCUUUUAUCAUGUUAGAAUGCCAUUACUGUAUACUGUUACAUGUUGAUUCAAUCACAAGUCAAGCCGCACCUGCAAAGAGCACUGAAAUCAGAGGCGUGAGAAGAAAAUAUUAUAAUUUAGAAAGUGGGUAAAAUGUAAACUUAAUAAAGCCUGAAGUUGCACCAUGUACCCUCUUGGUCUUCCCUUAAAACUUUGGCUCAAGAUAUCAAUAAACAGUAUGAAACCAAGACACUUUACAUUGCCCACCUACAUAUUAUAUACAAAAGAGCAAUGUUAUGUCAGACACUAAUUAAUACUCAGGGGUUUAUUUUGUGGGUUGAAGUGAAUUUACAGGUC